GGAGCCCCCCGUAGCCGAGUGAGGCAGCAUGGCAAUGUUCUUGGGGGCUAGGAAUGCCCACUCGGUCCUGAAGCGCUUUCCCCGAGCCAACGGCUUCCUGGAGGAGAUCCGGCAGGGCACCAUCGAGCGCGAGUGCAUUGAGGAGGUUUGCAGCUAUGAGGAGGUCAAGGAAGUGUUCGAGAACAAGGAGAAGACGAUGGAGUUUUGGAAGGACUACACCAACUCUGUCUACUCGGUCAAGGACCCCGGGCACAGCACGGAGCGCUCAGAUGCUAUGUAUGUGGUAGUGCCCCUCUUGGGAGUGGCUCUUCUGAUCGUCAUCGCCCUCUUCAUCAUCUGGAGGUGCCAGCUUCAAAAGGCCACCCGUCACCGCCCUUCCUAUGCCCAGAACCGUUACCUGGCCAGCCGAACGGGACGCAGCCUCCCCAGGGUCAUGGUGUACCGGGAGCGGUCACAAAGCCAAGGGGAGACCCAGUACCAACGAGAAGCGAGCAGCCGGGUGGCUGGAGAUGGCAGAGCUGGUGGCUCCCCCCAGCAAGACGGCACCCUCUACCCACCGGAGCAUUCAGUCUCCGUCCCUGUCCAGUGCCACCCCUCCACCUUCCUACGAGGAGGUGACAGGCCACCCGGAGAGCAGCAGUGGCGAAGAGACCAGUGUCUCCUACAAUGA